AUGAAAGUCAGUCAAUUAUUAGGAACUCUAGUCAUGGUAAUGGUGUAUUCUCAUAUUUGUGAGUUAAGGAUUUCUAUUUUGGAAUUAUAAUAGCAGGUACCAUUUAAUAAUUAUGAUCGAUUUUUAACAGUUAGAUAGGUUUACUUUGUUGCUCUUAAAAGCUUUUUGUAGUUUCUUUUCAAAACAAAAAGUUUAGAUGGAUCAAAGACGACGCAUCCUCCAUGUUGCAGAGAUACUUUGAGCCAGGUAACAUGUCAGCGGUUACAACGGGUAAAUGGUACCACUUUUGGACAUAGAUGUAACUCUGACGUUGAGUUUAGGUAAAAAUUAUAAUAAAAUUUAAAUUGACUUUAAUUUUUUAUUAAAAUUGUGCUUUUUGCUUCAGAUUUCAGUAACGUUAUAUUGUUUUGAUGAAUUGAAAUAAUAACUGGUAAUUACUGUAGGUUAAUCCAGUGCUGUGCGACGUGUAAUCGUUUCAAGGGUGCUGUAGACUAUGAUAGGAUAGCCGAGACUUUGGUUCAAAGCCAGUGUUUUGAUAGAUAUGGUGAUGUAUUCUGUAAAAGAUACGUCAACGCUACAGAUGUGUGGGAACUAAAACAACGACCAUGUGAUGGUAACAAUCCAUACAUAGCAUUUCGGUCAUGUCGUAAAAGUUGCGGAUUUUGCGACUUUUCUCAAGUAAAAUAUACACUUCACAAUGCGUUGGAAGCUUGUAGAAUGGUAGAUCAUCUACACGAUAAUUAG